AUGGAACAAUAUCCGCCCGAAUCAACACCAAAUGGAAAUGAAAGUAAUACACAACAAGAAAUAACUGUAGAAAAUAAUCCACCGAGCCCUGUUUGUAUAGCUGCUAGUUCAUCCAGUGAGGACAUACCUCCUCCUAAAGCUGAUUAUUAUGCACCACCUCCUUAUGAGGUGGCCACAAAGGGCACCAAGUUGCCUACGUACGAAGAGGUGCAAAGGGAGAAAAACCUAGAGGAACAGGAAAAUGCUGUCCCAAUAAAUUCCCCAUCUACAAGGCCAUUACCAUUUCGUCCAGGGCAGCGAAUUAUAACUAUUGAUGCAGAAAAUCCAGAAGAUGUGGAUACAUCAUUAUUAGGAACAGAUUUUAUGUUUUACCUUGCGUUUUUUGUUGCCUUUAUUUUCAAUUGGAUAGGAUUUUUAUUGUUAAUGUGCUUUUGCCAUACAAUUGCAUCGAGGUAUGGAGCCUUGUCAGGUUUCGGAUUAUCGUUGGCAAAAUGGACAUUCAUUGUGCAGCAUUCAACUGAAUUGGCAUCUAAAGAUAAUAGCUGGUUGUGGUGGCUCAUCAUGACUUUUGGUCUCAUCAUUUGCAUCCGUGCAAUACUUCAGUAUUUGAGUAUAAAACGAGGUUGGCAUAUGCUUUCGGCAAGUCACCAAGAAAGACUUUUAUUUUUUUAUUAA